AGGGGAGGAGGAGAGAAGGAGGUGUUAAAAGGGACUCGAUACCGCCCCCUCCCUCUACCUCUCCACAAAAGCCUAGAAGAAUUGCGCUCCGUCAGUGCGCCCUGCCUGCCCGCCUGCCAGUCGAAGGAUGGGGAUUUUUUUCCAUUCAUCCACGUCCCCUUAUUCCCUCCUCCUCCUCCUCCUCUUCCCAAACAAGCCAGUCGGUCUGUCAAUGCGCUGCGAGCAUUAGGGCAAGUCAAACCGGUGGGAUUGUGAGACGCCGAGACGGAUGAGAUAACGCACGGAGCGCGUUCCUCCGGCCGAUUCAGCUCUCCAAAUGAUGCGCUUCAUCACAGAGACGCACGUUUCCAGCCGGCACUGAUGCCCACAGCUCCCAGCUCUGAUGAUAUAAAUCUAUUUUUUAUUUUUUCAUCACUUCACUUGAAGUUUGACCCGAGCGAGGCUGGGUUAUUAUGGACUCGCGUCUUUUCCAGCUUUGGUUUGUUUCUCUCACUUUCAUUUCCUGAAUUUACCCCGGAUUUAUCAACUGGAUCUCAGUUUUUUCUAAAACUCUGAGGUUUUGCAGAUUUUUUUUUAUUGUUUUUCAUCUGGAUUUACAAUCUUUAUUUGUGUUUUUAUUUCAAAUAAGUAAAAAAGGAGGAUCGUAACGCGCACAGACUGAGCAUCAACGCGCCUUCGUGGGGAUGGAGCUGUGGAUACAAGUCACAUCUUUUUUAUUUUAAAACACAUUUUCUCCCGUUUUUCCACCUCCUUUGUGUCUCUAAAUCCGAGUGACACUAUUCCCGUUUGAGUCUAGCCUGGCAUGUUGGGAGAUUGAUAUUCCAGCGAGGGAACAAGGGAAUGGGAGAGAAAUCAGACAGAAGCCAAAGAGAACAAGGGAACGUUGUUCGGGGGACUAAAUAAGACAAUUCAAGCGCAAAGAAAGGCAGCAGAAUUUGCUUUUUGGAGGCAGUCAUUUCCCCAUCAAUAAUAAGAAUUUUGCAGAAUUCUGAUUGUUUGGAGUGCUUUUCGUUUUGGGUAGAAAGUAUGGGAAUCAUGGGAUUCAACUAGCGUGGACGCGCAGAAAUCCUGCUGAAUUUGGAGACUUGGACGCACCGGAUUGAACAAAUAACCAAGUGUUUCUGAUUUCUUUCCCCUGUGAGUCCAGCUCAGUUUGUCUCGUUUUGGAUCCAUGUGAAUGCGCGUGGCACGCUCUCUCUGCGCACUUUGACUGGUUUAGGCGCACAAUCCAUUGCUUUCGGUUUUUAUUGCACACAGAAACAAAAACUGCGGCAUUAAGCCCCGAAAGUGCUGCUGCUUUCUUGUAGAUGGGGCCGCAUUUACUGGGAGUCAGGGUUGAGAUGGCGUUUAGAGGGAGCGGUAAUGGAUUGUGGAUCCUGCUGGUAUUCAUACUGGAUUUACUGGGAACGACGGCCAGCAAUAUGGAGCCAAUCUACUGGAAUUCCAUGAACGAAAGGUUUAGGGACGACAAGGGCUACGUUCUUUACCCUCAGAUCGGGGACCGGCUGGACCUCAUCUGUCCCCCGCUGGACACUGCCAGGUCCACACCAGAGUACGAGUUCUACAAGCUCUACCUGGUGUCUUCACGGGAGCAAGCUGACCGCUGCGAGGUGAAGGGGGCACCCAACAUCGUGCUCACGUGCGACGAGCCCAUGCGUGAGCGCCGCUUCACCAUCAAGUUCCAGGAGUUCUCCCCGAACCUCUGGGGACACGAGUUCAAGAGCAUGCACGACUACUACAUCAUCGCUACGUCAGAUGGGACACGUCAAGGUCUGGACAGCAUGAAAGGAGGAGUGUGUGCUACGAAAGGCAUGAAGGUGGUUCUGAAAGUGGGACAAAGUCAGUAUGGACUGCCUCCAAAGAAGGACCCGUCAGCGGGACGCACCACCCUCAGAAACCCAGGUGGAAACUCCACCCAGGCCCGAGGGCCUUUUGGUGGUGAAGGUGGUGAUGAGAACGGCCCCCUCCAGCCUUCAAACAUUGCCCUCAUCGCAGGGGCAGCGGGAGGCUCUGCCUUUCUUCUGUUGGUCACCGCCGUGAUCUGCGUUGUGUGCUACCGGCGGCGGCAUGCAAAGCACUCAGACACCCACCACCCUCCGCUGUCCCUCUCGUCCCUCACCAGCCCGAAGCGGGGAGGCGGUGGCGGCAUCACCAGCUCCAACAACAACGGCUCAGAGCCCAGCGACAUCAUCAUCCCCCUACGGACGUCGGACUCGGCCUACUGCCCGCACUAUGAGAAGGUGAGCGGCGACUACGGGCACCCUGUGUACAUCGUCCAGGAGAUGCCGCCUCAAAGCCCGGCCAACAUUUACUACAAAGUAUGAGACAUCCUCAGACCUGGACGACUAGACACCUCCCUCUACCAACCGACCCCCGCUUCCCUUUCUUCCAGUGAAGCCACAGCAAAGCUUCUCACGACAGUUUCAGCCCUGAACGCCUCAAUACUACCAGUAUUGUCCCCUUGGACCUGCCCUCUUUCACCCCAGCUGUAGUUGUAUUCCUAGCUGAAUACCCCCCCCCCCCCACCUCGUUCAACACAACUGUGCCAUUAAGUGUGUGUGAGGGGUAAUGUCGUUACCGCACAUAACCCUCCUUAACAAGGCCCUCACCAUUGGGCCAGAGGCUCUGAAAGCCCCCGUCUUGUUAGCUCAGAGCUAAAUGAGCCCCACCAGAUCGUCAACUCCCCCAUUAACGUUGGUGUGUAUGCAUUACACACACUAUUUUUCUAGGAGUGUGUACCUGACGCUGGGACACGAGAUGUUUUAAAAAAGACAGAAAAGAAGAAAAACCAAAUGAAAAGACUUGAACUCUAAGAAGGACUGGACCCAUGAACCCACUCUGCACCGAUGAACUAUGAUUCUCAGAGACCACACCCGCCUUGCCCACCACCCCCCAACCCCUCUCGGACCUCUAUCAGUCAAUCAGAGACGAGCCCCUGCUUAGUGACUCAACAAUAGGCUCCUAGUUUGUUCGUGUUUGUUUAAGUUGAGAGAAAGUGGGGGGGCUUCGGACUCGUCCGAGCGGGACGCCCAAACGACGCACACAUGACCACACCCAGGCCUGACGAGGUCUGACCAAUCGGUGAUGCUCAGAUUCUUGUAUAUUUUAAUAAUAUGUGUGAUUGCAAGGGUGUGUGUGUGUGUUGGAUAAUUAUUAUGGCGCUGCUGCUCCACAUUAGAUGUGUGUGUGCAGUUACUGAGCUUCAACAAGUUAACUUGCGUGCGCGUGUGUGUGUGUGUGCGCGCGCGUGUAUGUGUGUGUGUGUGUGUGUAUGUUUAGACUUGUCUUAAAUACCAAAACACAAAAUAGUGAGCGAAUAUUAAAAGAAGUGAGAUUUUCUAUGGCUAUCAACACUUAUAGAUUAUAUAUAUGAAUAUCCAGUAAAUAAUUUCUAGAUGUUUUUUUAUUGUUUUAUUAUUUUUACCCGCUCUGUUAAACAAGUAGACAUUUUUACCUGCUCUUGAUUUUCAAACGGCGACCUUAUUUGUACAUUAAUUUAAUCCCUUCUUUAAUUCUUUUCUGAUGAACAGAAGUUGUUUUUCUGUCAUUCACUCCCUCGCCCCCCUCCUCCCACGAGUCUACUCUGUGUAUAUUUUUAUAGCUCAUUGUACUAUGCUGUAGUUCUGAGGUCUAGACCUCAUUCGUGGAAGUGUUGAGGUAGAACCGUCGAUGAAAGUUUUCUUUUUUUUUUUUUUAAAUGCAGAAGUGAAAAGAAUCUGGGGUUAGGGUGGGUGUGUGUGUGUGUGGGGUGAUGUUGGGUGGGGGAAAGGGGGGAGGCAAGAGAGGACUACAUGAAAAACAAGAACAAAGGAGAGAGAAAUGGAGAGCUGUUUCGGGAGGAGGAAUAAAGGGGCAUCUAAAUGCGGAACUUUAUGGAAAAAAAUGAGGGGGAGGGAGAUGAGGGAAGCAACCAGGAAAAGAGGAGCGAGAGAUGAAGGAUCCGGAGGAUGGAAGGAUGGAGAGAGAGAGAGCACAUGAAAGAGUGGCUGGUGAAGAGGAGAAAGCGCUGAGGUGCUGGACUGAAAUCGGAUUUCAGGAGUUGUCGGACUCCAACCUUGGAAAGGAUAGACCUCGACACACACACACACACACACACACACACACACACACACACACACACACACACACACACACACACACACACACACACACACACACACACACACACACACAGACACACACACACACACACGCACGCACGCACACGCACGCACGCACGCACACACGACUUCUUUACAUUAAACAUGAGAAGAUUUAUUCCUCUUUUCUGCCAAAACUUGUGUUGAAAAGCAUCACACAUGUUCCCAUUUAUUCCGAGAGAUACCCCCCUUCCCAAUUCCUCAGCGAGUCUCCGAUCGACACACAGCCUCCCACACCACCUGAAACACACGACCUCACACAACGUUCCGACUGCGACUCACAGCCUUGCAAACACUCCCACCCACCCACCCGACAGCGACAACUUUCAUAUGACUCUGUUUCCGUGGCUCACCUGAUGGACAUGGAAGGGAUUUAUUCAAACAAAAAAGGUGUGAUUGUGUUGUGUUUUCUCCUUCACACACACACACACACACACACACACACACACACACCAGUGCCCUGCACUUAAACCUCAUAGAGCUACAUCACGAGAGGUGCUUUACGUUCACCUGUGCAUACUAAUAAAGCUGUUUUGUGUUGCUCAGACAUGUUUUUUGGCUUUUGUGUAAACUUACGGAGAGCUUUUUUUUUUUUACUUUUUUCCAACACACACACGCACACACACACACACACACACACAGAGCCUCCAGUGUUAUUGCCAUGUUUUCCUGUGUGAAGCCAGUGUUAAGAUCUGAACCUUUUGACAUUUCUCAGCUGUGUUUUGUAUCAGUAUCAUAUAAUCUUUCAUACUUGACGUGUCACAUUCGUCUGAAAUGACUUUGUUCAACACACGAUGAUGGUUUUUAUACCAUGGGGAAGUUCGGAUUGUAUUUUGACUGUGUUAAAAAAUUGAUUUUGAAAACAAGAGAAGGGGGUAAAAGCACCUGAAAUUCUUCUUUUUCUUUUGCUUUGUUGUAACUGCCGACUUGUGUUUUCUUUUUUAUGUAUCCUGUUAUCUUCUGUCUAUUUAAACAUGCUCAGAGGAUUUUAAAAGAACACCCUCCGAGCCUAAUGAAGUGUCUUUUAUUCUCUGCGAUGCUUUUGGGGCUCCGGAGUCCAAAAUGCAAAGAAUUGAGAAAAGACCACGGGGAAAGAAAAGCAACAUUUUUAUGAACUUUGCAUCAAGUCAAGCAAAAAAGACCCAUUUCUGGUUCAUUUUUCCUCUCAGCAGAAUGUCAGCUAUCUCUUGGACUUUUAAUUUUUUUAUGUUAAAUUUCAUGUGGAUGUUUUUCAAAGUUGUGUCUUUAGCUCUCACUGUUUGUGUUUGACCGGUCGACUCAAAAGUGUUUCCAAAAAAAAAAAAAAGAGAAAACCUCAGACCCAGCCAUGUUUGUCAUGUUUUCAAAGAGGAAGAAAGUGCAGUUUCUGUGCUACAGAGGAGCGAGAGAAAGUGAAAAAGAAAAAAAAAACCCUGCUGCCUCACCUCCACGUUGGUAAAACUGUGUGUGCGUAAACGUGCGUGAGCUUCUUCGUGCCAAUAGCCAGCGAGCGGAGGCCGUGGAUCGCCGCGGCGCUCAUCCGUCAGACUUUGUAUUCGGGACACAUCUGUACGAGAAAGGUUUUUAUUUCUGUGUGUGUGUGUCCUCUCCUUUUCCUCUCUCCUUGUUGCCUACUCAUCACUGCAACUCCCCCUCCCUCCCUUACCUCCCUUUCUUUACCCCCCCUUUCCCCUCCAACACGCCUCUAAAGAGAGGAAAAAUUAGUACAUUCCUGGUUUGGAAAAAAAAGAAAAGAUUGAAUAAAAAAACAAACAAAAAGUUUAAGCACCA